AUGGAUUGGAAAUGUAAGCUUGUUACAGAUCACUUUCUCUCUCGAAACCCUCAACCCAAUUCAGGCUCACUCCAACUUGUCGAGGCUCACCGCAACACGCAUGUUCGUGGGCUUAACUUGCAACUUACUGAAGCACUUGAUGCGUUGGAAACGGAGAAGAAAAAAGGCGAAGAGCUUAACAAGAUGAGGAAAGAUAGCCGAGACAAGUGUUGGUGGGAAGCACUGGUUAGUGAGCUUAGACUUCAACAACUCGAGCAAUUGAAUGUGGCAAUAGAGGAUCUAAAGAAGAAUGUUGUGAAGCAAGGCGAGAAGAUUCAGAUGGAGGAAUAA